AGAAAGGCAUUUCACUGUACUUGCGCAUGUGACAUUAAAACGUGAAACUUGAAACAAAAUCAGUAUUGAGUUAGCUACCACUAGACGACGCUGUGACUUCGCCACCACCUUUAAAAUACAUGCGGAAGUGAAUGUUGUUUGGAGAUAAUCAACAUGAACUGGGUCUGUUGUUUUAUUUUCUCUACUAUUAACGCGUUCUUUUGAAAUACCGCCGGUUCGUUCUCUUACCAAUUUGUUAUUAUCUCAUCACCUGCGUUAGAAGCGGUCGGAUAGCACUGCUGGGUGCACAUGCAGUCUUUAGUGGCCGGCUUUCAUGUUGAAAAAAAAUGAAUUAUUUCCAUAGUAGAGCAACGUUCUCCUUUUUGCAAAAUGAAGACGACGCUCGUGCAGUCGAACAUGCAGUUAGAACAGCGAUACAUACUGUUGUGAGUGUUAUUUCUAGUAUCAACAGUGCCAAAAUACAAGAAUAUCAAAGUAAGUUGGCCGAGAAGGACAAAGAAAACGAAACGCUGAAACGCAAAGUUAAAACAGCAGAACGAGAGAUCACAGCAUUGCGAGGCACCUUUGAAUUUUCAGGAAAUGAAUGUCAUCAAGUCAGGUCAAGCACUUAUACACUUUCACCAGAAAUGCAAAGAGGGAAACCAAUUUGCCCUGAAAACGAGGUGUCAAGCAGAGCUGAUUGGAGAAUAGAUUUCCCCAGUCUUGGUGGAAGGACUCCUCCACAGGUUUUUUCCCAGUGCAAAGUCACAGCUGUUCCCACUGGGGCAUCAACUAUUUAUAUGUCCCAUCACCAGAACCCUUCCUCCCAUUCUGCAGAAGAGUCUGGGCUUUUAGCAGAGCGAACCAGAGGCCAGUCCCCAUCACCCAGUCCAGUCACCAGACCAGUGAUAAAAGAGGAGCCCUCUGACAUUGAGACAUUCUACAUUAAAUGGGAGAUGAGUGAGGAGGGCAUUGGGGAGCAACGGGAAGGCCUAGGCCCGACACACGUCCUGGGAAAAGAGUACGAAGCCCAGCAGAGGGGUGGAACUCCAACCAUGCAAAGAGAUGGAACUCACCCUGUUGCUGGUAGCCAGAGUGGACAUGAGUAUGGGGAGAGACCAGCCAGGCAUCUGAAAAGCUGUCAAGCGCAGAGACACAGCGGAGGUUCAGAGAGAGAGUCCGUGCUGACCCUGAGAAGUUCCGGGCCUACAAGGAGAAGGAACGACGCAGGAAUCAGCAGAGGAAGGUGUCGAUAUCAGAUUUACCUGAAGAGACCCGCAGAUUGAAGAGAGAGGCCUGGAGAGAAGCAUCCAGACGAUGUCGUGCCCGCAAAAUGUCCUCCCUCCAGACGAACCUCACACAGCCCUGCCACCUCCCCCAGAACACAGAGACACCUGGGUGGACUAGGGGACACUGCAGGGGCAGGCAGUAGGGUAGAAUUCGGUGGGGGGGAUUAGGCCUGCACAGAUGAGUUUAGGCUACUGAACAAAGAUGGGGAUUUGGGGAUCAUAAUUGUUGAUAUCUCCUUUGUUGAGGGAAUGAUUUCAGUAUCAUAUUCUAACAAUCCAGUUAUUCAAUGAAUUGGUUGGGGCUGUUAAUGUUGUAUGUUGUUAUUAUUAUUAUUUUUAGAAAUGUCAAUAAAUUAGUUCAUUGUACACCUAUUGCUAUUUGAUUAUUCACUGAUUUACCACUAGAUGGUGCUGUGAUUGAGCUACCACAAACACAUUUGACACGUGACGCGCGCGUUCAACACGGCGGAAGUGAACUGCGAGGUAAACAUUUAGCUGUAAUACAGUUGCUCUCUAAAACAUGUCAAAUUCUUUUUUUUCCGAAUAUUUUAUGAAAGUGCAUUUGAAAUACCACACUUUAGUCCGCUUUCUCUCUUCGACAAUAUUGUCACUGACGUGUUACAAACUGACUCACACAUCGGUAAAGUUGUUGGCUGCUGUUUAGCCAGCUGAGCUAGCUAGUAACGUUACAGUGCCACAGACAAAAGGGUUAGCUAGCUAGUUAUCAGUAUCUUUGGUAUUGCUGCUUCACUCUCAGUGACUUGGCCAACUUAACAAACUUGGUAGCGUUAGGCUGUGUGGGUGAUUUUUUUUUAUCUCCCUAGUAGAGCAAUGAAUUCCUGUUUACAAAACGAAGAAAACGCUCGUGCAGUGGAAAAUGCUAUCAGAACAGCGGUAAAUACUGUCAUGGAUGUUAUUUACAAUAUGAACAGUACCAAAAUACUGGAAUAUGAAAGGAAGGUGGUCGAGAGGGACAAAGAAAAUGAAACGCUUAAAUGUAAGCUUAAAAAAGCUGAAGAGGAAUUAACAGCAUUUCGAGUAGGCCUAUCUUUUGAAUUUUCUGCACUUUCACCAGGAAGAGAUUUUGGGAAACCGAUGUGCAAUGAGAACGAGGUGGGAAGCGAAACUGAUUGGAGAAUGGAUUUCCCCAGUCUCAAUGCAGGGACUCCUGGGCUUUCAGCAGAGAGAACCAGAGGCCAGUCCCCAUCAGCCACUCCAGUCACCAGCCCAGUGAUAAAAGAGGAGCCUGCUGACACUGGGUCCUUCUACAUCAAAUGGGAGAUGAGUGAGGAGAGCAUUGCUGAACAACAGGAGGGCUUAGGCCCGAUGCACGUCUUGGGGAAAGAGUCUGAUGGAACGUCUUCUGUUGCUGGUAGCCAGAGUCCAGGCGAUAGACGUUCAGAACUGUCUGAGGAGACAUCGACAGAGCGUGUGAAAAGGAGGCUGUCAAGCGCAGAGACACAGCGGCAGUACAGAGAGAGAAUCCGUGCUGACCCUGAGAAGUUGCGGGCCUACAAGGAAAGGGCAAAAUGCAGGGAGGAUGAUGAUUAUGAUGAGGAUUGGAUCAGCAACUUUCAUGUCCCUUGGCAGCAGACGCCUGAAAGCCUCAGGCGAGCCAUUGCAGAGGGACGAAGAGUCGAGGCGGCAGAUAGGCGGCUGAUGGUGAGGAUCACCGUUGAUGCAAUGCGUGUACACUGCCUCAACCCCAACAAGAAAGUAUGUUCAGAAAUUGCCAAAGCUAUAGUUUCAGAAUAUCCAGAGAGCUUUGCAGACCUGUCAAAAGAAGGGGAACUGCUUAGCAGAAGGUACUCCUCCUUGCUCACCCAAAUAAAGACCAGAGUGGAGCAUGUGAACCGGAACACUGAAAAUAGAAUACGCAGACCCAAGACGAGCAAAAAAGGGGAACACGGCAACAGACAAGUCAAAACAGCAAGAACAAAAGUGGACAGUUAUGGGUGCAUCAACUGGCACCCACAGGACCUUCCAGAAGGAGAAACUCCUGACUCCCUGGAAAAUAAGAGACAGAUUAUGGCCACCAUUUUCAACAGUGCAAGCCCCAGAGGUGUGGACAGGGGAGACGUGGAUGAAUUCAUGAGGCUUACGUACAUUAACCAACGCCACAUGAUAAAUGCAUGGCCAGCCCCAAGCAUCGGUGACGUCAAGGAACAAUGGCCUUUUCUUUUUACCAAGAGAUGGCUCUGCGCCCACUUCCACAUGCUCACUGGAGUUGAGAUCGACCGCUGUCUCAGUGACGCUCUCCAGAGCAAAGGAAAGACCAUUGUCAAUUUCUUCCGAAGUCAGAAACCCAACUGGAGGAGAGGCAUCCAAAGUCUCCUCAAUGACAUUGAAGGUGACGUCAGUGGAAACCUCACAGCCUGUGCUGCCAUUCUUCUGGUGCUGUCCCACUUCAGAGAGAAAGAGGACUCUCUCUUCCUCUUGGCUGAUGUGAAUGACACCCAGAUGGAUGUAGAGGCUCAGUUGCAUUUGCCGGCCACUCCAAGACUUAUUAUGCUUGGGAGUUCCCUGCUGGCUUCAUCUAAGUGGAUGGUGUCGAUCGAGGGGAGAGUGGUCUGUGUUUUGGAUAAUCAGUCCAACUUUGCUGCUGCCCUCUCUGUGCUCUUCGGAUGUUUCUACGUGUUCAAUACAGAGUACCAGGAGACAGCCUCAGCAACACUGGAGCUUAUUCAGAGGUUUCUAGUAGGGAUCAACCCAAAUGAAGGAACCAAAUGCUCUUCAUACCUUGAUUCAGAAGCCGGGGUGAGCCGCAGGACUGGAAGAGUUGUGCAAAGGAAGACCGAUGCAGUUGCCACCUUCCUCAAAGACCUGACUGAAUUUGAAUGGUGAACCAGUUUCAUAGGAGAUGCAAACACACAAACAAGGAUGCACAUACAUGAUGCAUAGCUUCAAAUGUUAUAAUGUUGCUCUUGUUUAAUAUCAAUCAAUCAACACUACAGAUUGCAAUUGAGUUCUAUCUAUCAUGAUAUGCAUCUUGGAAUAAUUGUUAUAUGUUUCUGUUGGCUGGCCCUGUCUGUGAUGGGGAAACGUGAUUUUAUAACUUUUAUGUUAUAAUGGUGUUCUAAAUGAUUACCGGAAGUGUUUUUUUUUGUUGUUGACAGAUUUCUUUAAGACGUUUUGUUGACUUACUGUAAACAAAAUCAGUGUGAUUAAAUUCAGUUUUGUUCAUUUCCCAUUUCACUACAGUGUUAAAGGGGCAGUGAAGUUAAACUUGAUUUUUCCUGCUUUUUGUUAUAUUUCCACACAAUGAGGUUGAAAUAAAACUCAGAAAUGGUCAAAAU